UUUGCAACACUGAUUUUCCAGCAGUUUUGACGUUCGUGCAGCUAAUGGCACUUUUGACAGCUAAAAACUGCUGUACUUUCUUUUUCAAUAUCCGGUUCACGCAAUUGUUGAUCCUACCAAACAAAAAUGGCACCCAGAAAGGCUAAAGCUCAAAAGGAAGAAGUCCAAGUAUCGUUGGGCCCACAAGUACGUGAUGGUGAAUACGUUUUCGGUGUUGCACACAUCUAUGCCAGUUUUAACGAUACCUUCGUUCAUGUUACGGAUUUGUCUGGCCGUGAAACCAUUGCUCGCGUCACUGGUGGUAUGAAAGUGAAGGCUGAUCGUGAUGAAGCUUCACCUUACGCUGCUAUGUUGGCUGCUCAAGAUGUCGCUGAAAAAUGCAAAACUCUUGGCAUCACUGCUCUGCACAUCAAAUUGCGUGCUACCGGUGGUAACAAGACCAAAACUCCUGGACCCGGUGCCCAGUCAGCGUUGCGUGCUUUGGCUCGUUCUUCAAUGAAAAUUGGACGCAUCGAAGAUGUUACACCAAUCCCAUCAGAUUCCACACGCAGAAAGGGAGGUCGUCGUGGUCGCCGUCUUUAAACUUGGAACAUAUUCUGUUCUUUGUGCGUAUAUUUUGUUGUCCGUACACAUUUGUGUACAGCAGGAAAGUGGAAACAUUAGAAAAAAUACAGAUUUUUUAAUAUAAGUGGUGAAAACUUAAA